UCUUUAUGAUUAAAUUAGACAAUAAUAAUUGCCUAGGUGGCUGGUCAUGUGAGCAACGAUGGACUAGAGAUAAAACAAGUCAACUCACUUUGUUCUGUGACAAUACCAAUGGUGAACAGAGUAUCGAGGCAAUUAGAAACAUGGUGCGAUUUGGAGGGUAAGGUGGUGCUGGUCACAGGUGCAUCUGCAGGUCUAGGCCGUGAGUUCUGCACUGACUUGGCUGAGGCUGGUUGCUUUAUUGUGGCAGCCGCUAGACGUGCUGAGCGUCUCAAGUCUUUAUGUGAUGAAAUUAAUGGAAGCUCCACUAUUACUCAAGCAGUUGCCGUUGAGCUGGAUGUUGCAGCUGCUGGAGAAAUCAUUGAAGCGACUGCGCAAAAAGCAUGGAAUGUCUUUGGACGAAUUGAUGUUUUAAUCAAUAAUGCUGGAAUUAGAGGUGGCACAAAAUCUUCCCUUGAUAUUUCUCAAGAUGAAUGGGAAGAUGUCUUUAAAACAAACUUAGAAGGAGCGUGGAUGUUGUCGAAGUACAUUGGCAGACACAUGCGUAAUGCGGGGCAAGGAGGCUCGAUUAUAAACAUUUCCACUGGUUUUGGUUUAAAUAGGGUUCAACAGCAUGGAAGUGUCGCAUACGCCUCGUCAAAAUCAGGGAUGAACCACAUGACAAAGGUGAUGGCCUUGGAACUUGGAAGACAUAAAAUUAGAGUAAACGCAAUAGCCCCUGCCAUUUUUCCAUCUGAGAUGACAGUGGAAAUAUUUAAGAAAAAAUGGUUUCGAGAUGUGGCCAAGAAAAUUGUACCCUUACAAACGUCUGGCACAUCAGAUCCAGCAUUGACAUCUGUCAUUCGAUACUUGAUUCACGAUUCAUCACAGUAUGUGACUGGGAACAUCUUUAUUGUUGACUGUGGUGCAACUCUCACAGGCAUGCCUAUAUUUUCCUCUCUUUGAACCAUUGCAGACAAUAGUGCUUAUUCCUGCAGAAAUCAGGACGUAGCCGUGUAGUAUUAUCAAAAAACAAUACUACUCACAUCUCAAGUUGCUUUUCUGUGUAUUGUUGUAUUCAGCAAUUCAGUUCAUAGUAAGAAUGCAUUUCCCAGACUUGCUUUAGAAUUCAGAAUCUACACAAGUAACGUUCGUAUUAUUACUAGUUCAGUUUUCGGUA